UAGUAAAUUUUUUUUUUAAUAUCGAGAGCUCGAAUCAUUAACUGUUUUGAAUUACUAUUAAGAAAAUCUUUUUUAGCGAGUUUUUUUUUUCCGUAUCGAGGGCUCGAAAUAAAACAUACGUUUGAUUAAGGGAGGAGCAGCCACCGGAAUUUCUUAAUCAAGCGCCUGAGUCCGAGCUGUUGCUACUUGCUUCACCGUUCCGACGAUUCAAUCAUGACUCAUACAAAUAAUUAGAAUGACAGAGAAGAUUCAAAGGCGUUGCGAGGUUUGUGAAAAUCUAUCCUUUGAAGAUGGUGGUGAUGGGUUUUUCUAUUGCACUCGUUGCAGAUCUCAAGCAAAUGACAUAAUUGACAUGGGUGUUGAUAAUGAUGAUGAAUGCAAUGUAGAUGGGGGAAUAUACCUUACUAGUCAGCGCCGUCUUAAGCGCCAUCAAAUUUCUUUGACUUAUACAGACUAUUAUUCAGAGAUUCGGUUGAGGUAUGUUAUGGGGUUACAAGCUAUGAUCCAAAUGCAGUGCAAGACUCUGGUGGAGAAAUUUAACGUAACCCCGCUGAUUGUUGGGCUUGCGGGGCCUAUUUGGUUAAGACUCUUGGCACAUGAAAACGUGUUGAGUGAUGAGUGGGCAUACAAUGUCAUCCAUGAAUCAGAGUCUCAAAUUCAAGGGGAAGGAGAACUUCCGCAGCCGACUGGCAGCCAGAAAACAGAACCUCAUAAUUCACUUGGAAAGCGGGCAGUAACCAUAUGGCAUAAAUCCUUGAGCAGCAUGAUUCCGUUACCUUGUUCUCUGGCUAUCUCUUUUCUUGUCUGUCACGUGGCAAGGGAAGCGAUCUUGCCAACAGACAUAUUGAAGUGGACGUUAGAAGGAAAGCUCCCGUAUUUUGCUGCUUUUCUUGAAAUAGAGAAGCAGUUAGGACCUCCUUCAAGGUCCUGCCCUAUCAGUACCAUUCGUAUGUUCAGGCCUAUCAGAACUGUCACCUUACAAAAAUUAGAGUCCCUUGCUGCCUCAAUCGCCACGAAAAUAGGGUUGGAAUUGCCUUCAGUUAACUUCCAUGCUAUAGCUGCCCGUUAUCUCAAGCAUUUAUCGCUUCCUGUUGAGAAAUUUCUUCCUCAGGCAUGCCAAGUGUAUGAGUGGUCUAUGCCUCCAGAGUUGUAUUUAUCAGAUAAUGACUCCAGGCUGCCUUCUCGUGUUUGUGUGAUGUCUAUACUGAUUGUGACAAUGAGGAUUCUUUAUGACCUAAAUGACGGAAAAUGGGAAUCGAUUGCAUCUUGUUCCAAUAAUUUAGUGUCUGCUGUUGAGAAUGGAGCUGGAGAACGCGGUUUCAGUUGUAAUGCAAGAGGUGCUGUUGACGAGGACGACUCUGCUUCACAUGAUGCGGAUCCUCAUGACAGUACAUCAGAUAUGAGUAAAUCUAAUUCUGAUGCUGUGGAACUCUUGAAAAUUAUUGAAGAAAAAUACAAUGAACUCAGCGAUACAUAUGAAUUUUCAAAAGAUUUACAGUCAUAUCUUCGGUACAGCAAAGAUGUGGUUUUUGCUGGACUAGGACCUGCUUACGACGAUCAUGAAGAAAAAAAACUAAUAGAAGAUCUUUGGAACUUCUAUCAAAGUCGUAAGGCUGGCAAAGCAUCAGAAGAUGGGAAAACCAGACAUGGAUGCAGCAGCAGACCAAAAGAAAGCGAGAACUUCAGGGAUGAUUCAUGCAAAUGCAUCUGCAAAACAUCAAGGGAUGAUGGUGAUUCAAACACGACAUUAAGACAGCUGAAAGUUGAUAUGAAAGAGAAUCGAUUUGUUUAUAUACCACCGAGGAAGAAUGUGAAGAAGAAAGACGGAUACAUCAGGUAUGCUAGAAAGAAAGACGGGGCUUAUCUUUAUGCAGUACAUGCUGAUUAUUACAUAUUACUUCGAUCUUGUGCUAAGGUUGCACAAGUUGAUGUUAGGACUAUGCAUGUUGGAGUAUUGACAUUUGAGAAACGAUUGGAUAUGCUAGAAAAAAGAAUAGGUUUUUGUUUACGUAAGAGAAUUCCUGAUGAUUCAUGUGAAUUUUGUCGCGAUUAGAGAAGAAACUCAUCAUCCUUCGCGGAAGAUUUGGUUUUGUAGUCCAUUACAAAUGUUAUUUUCUUGUUAGGAGAUGUAUAUAGAAACAUCAUUGUAAAUAUGAGCAUAUGAGAUCAUUUCCACUAGCAAAAGGGGACUAUCACAUCAUUGGUUGUGAACUUGUGAUCUAAAGCCAGUUGAUUACUCAUAUGAAAUCGAAAUUUAAUCAGAAGACUUGAAUUCGA